AUGGAGACCCAGUCCAAAGCUCUUAAUGCCAGAACUCCUUUUUUUAUUGACCUCUAUUUCUGGUCCAAAGUGGAUAGUCGUAGAAAGAGAAAGGAUGCUAUUUCUACUGCACCUAAAACUGUUAUUGCUACAAGAGAGCGUGAAAGAGCUAGUUGUGCAAGAGGUGGUGGUCGUGGCCAUGGUAAAAGAAAAACUGUCACAGAAGCUAUUUCCUUCGUACCUAAUACUUUUCAAAAUGACUUUGAUAAAACUACAGAUAACUUAGAUCACAAAAGGAAUAGGGUUUAUACUACACUUUCUUCGCUUAAAAAUGAUCAUGUUGCGAGUGAUUUCAGUGAUGAUUUGAACAGCAAUUUUGAUGAUUUUGGUAGGAAUGCAUCAGUUAUAAUUACAAGUAAGAAUUUAGUAAAUUAUUAUAAGUUUUCUUUCUUUGAAACUAAAGUUAAAACUAACCUUUUUUAUUAUAAAAAGAAUUAA